UCACAGUUAUCUCCCGAGACGGUUCAGUGCAACUUUAGCAGGAAGAGUAAGUGAGUGAGUACGAGUGAAAAUACGAUUGGCUUCAGUCCGCGGCGGGGCUUCAACCGAAGGCAUAACAACGGGGUACGGCCCGAAGCACGGCCUCCCCAAACGGCAACGUGAUCUGGUGCGGCGAGUGUUCUGAUGGCAACAGCGGCUGGAGUGGUCAGGACUGCUGAGGUGCCGAACAUGGAAGGCGGAAGGGCAAGUGAUAAGGCGGACGAAGGGAAGGACAACGACAAAGAAGAAGAACAAGGCAAGAAAGCGGGAGAGGAAGGAAAAGAGGGGCAGAGGGAGAGAACGAGGUACAGUGUGGAAUUAACUGUGGAAGUAGUAGUGGAAGGUGCACUGUAUGAUGGACCUGCUUAAAGGGAUACAGAAACAGUGUGGGACAGUGGGUGGAUGUAGAGUGACGGGGGAACAGUAUGAAGUGACGAUGAGGACAAUCCUGGGGGAAAUGAAACUAAUGGAGGGGCUGAGAGUGAACGGGGUCGCGGUACAUGCAAAAAACAUUAUGAGCACUGAUGUGACCGUCUCGAUCCUGCAUCUGCCUGUCUACUUGCUGGAUAAAACGAUACUAAAUUGGCUUGAGGAGUGGGGAGUUAAGCCCAUCUCGGACAUUAAAAAAAGAGUGUGGCCAGACUCGGACAUUGCAGACGGCACCAGGUUCCUGAGAGUGAGAUUCAACAAUAAGGUCCGCUCCCUACCGUAUUCCACGAAGUUCGACACGGUGAAGGGGACGGAGUACUUCCGGGUCCUGCACAAUGGCCAGGUUCCAGUGGGCAGGUUAUGUAUAAAGCUGGGUCACAUCUUUAGAGAAUGCCCAGACUUUAAGUGCCACAGGUGUUAUGAGUAAGGGCAUUAUGCCAAGGAGUGCAGGUAUGGAGCUGAGAGAGAGGAAAGAGAGAGAGGAGGAAGACGAGGAGAAAGACGACAAGGAGGAAGAUGAGGAGGAAGACGACGAGGCAGAGGGGGCAAAGAAAAGACCCCAUGAUGAGAUCAGCAGCGAAGAUGAAGGUCCAGUGGUGGAGGACAUCUCGGGGACUUCGGUGAUGGAAGAGAAAGCACCAAAGGUGGGAAAGAGCAAAAAAAGUGCCAGGCAGGGCGGCGGAGGCGCCGGCGGAAGCAGCAGAGGCGCCGACGGAAGCAGCGGCGGGGGAAAGAAGUGUCUGGGUCCUGAAGUGGUGGAAGACAUCUCGGAGGCUUCCGGAAUGGAGGAGGGAGAGCUGUCGGAGGACCCUGGGGGCGUCAUGGUCUUCGGGAGCCCUAACGAUGAGCAGAGGGGCCGCGGCACGAGGAGAAACAGGCGCGAGGAGGAGAAGAAGACCUCAGCGGAGAACGCCGGGCUGAUUGCUAGACGCAAAGCGGACAAGGAGAGGGAGGUGGAGAAAAGGAGAGCGGGUUCGACAGAGGGGGAGCUCGGGAAAUAAACCAGUUUAAGGUAGGACUCGCGGGAUCAGCUGUUAUAUAAGGAAGGAAGGGGUGGGACUGAGCCACAGGAAAUUGUCUCCAGCACAGAACGGGGAAUCGUUACAGUCUCUGACCUCACGCUACACUGAUCAUUUUUGUUUAAUUUUAUGGAAGAAGUCAAUAAAUCCGCCAGAGGAAGGCAAAGAAAUCAGCGCCUACAGAGUUUUAUUUGGACUGUUUUUAACGUGUGAGUCAAGAAGCUGAUCCCUGUUAAUGUGGCACAGUUUUAAAUAUCCUACAAGAAUGGGCCACGACAUAGUCAAAGACUCCGGACCGCUGGAAUAACUGAUGAUAAAGACGCAUCGCUGACUGGAAUCCCAGAUACCAGAUAUGUAUAAAUAUAUAUAUCCAGAUAUGGUACCGACACCGGCUUGGAUAUUUGUGAAUGGAAGAAGGAGACUCCGCGAACAGAGCGUAUGGAUUGCGCAACGAUCAGCUGUUUAGCCAAGCGGAGGCCCGCGAGUAAACAAAAGACAACAAGAACAGUGAGUAAAUGGACUAAUACAAUGGAUGAACUUUAAAGGUGGGGUAGGUCAUUUUGGAGAAUCCAGCUCGAGUGCGCUAGAAUGUGAAAAUACAAAACCGGAAAAAAGCUGCCACUUCCUUAGAGAGCCCCUCCUCCAACACACACGAACGUGCACAUCAAUGAGGGCACGAGAUAAAUUUGUGCACAGAAGGAAGGCUGACAGGCAGGUAGGCCAUCCAGUUACUUUAGCCGGGCCGGCUCAGAUGAUUGGUCGUGCUUUUUACAGUAGGCUACUACGGCUUCCACAGAUGACAUUUUUUUUUAAUGGAUUUUUUGUCAAAGCACUUCAGAUAUUCAUUGCUAUCGGGAUGUUAAGAGCAUUCCAUGGAAUAUAACAACAAAUGUAUCUCGAGCCGGUUUCUCAAACUUACCUACCCCACCUUUAAGCCGGAUAGAAGAUAUUAAAGCUGAUCGGGAUAUGGAUAUAUGUUGGAUGCCUGCCAAGACCAAAGAAAACGGAAUGGAGCAGAGAGAAAUGUUUGUUACGACGCAAUGCUUGGAUUAAAGUGCGGAUUGAACGAUCAAAAGCAGGCCCGGACUAGCCAUCGGGAGGACCGGGAUGUUUCCCGAUGGCCUGGCCUGUUAAGUGGCCUGCUGGCCUGAAGAUAUUUGACUCUGCCUCACAGAGGGUGACUGGCUGUCUACAUGAUGUGGCCUGCCGACAU